AUGGCUUUCAAUUUCAUCAACCUUCAACCAAUCAUCUUUGGUCUUGUGCUACUCUUCACCAACAUUCAGAUUUCAUUUGCAAGUCGUUUGUUACUGCAUAAAAACAAGGUUCCAACAGAUCCACCUUCAUUUGCACCACUAUUCUCAAAGCCUAAAACUAAAACUGUUCCCAAUCCUUUGUUACCAACAAUACCGUCAUUUCAACAACCAGUUGGUGAGCUUCUCAACCCUCCUGCGUUUUCACUUCCAAUGUUGCCACCUCUCCCCAAAUUGCCUCCUCUACCACCUCUUCCACUUCUGACUUUACCACCAACUCUCUCUUGCUCUCCCUUUUCACCAUCAAGAUCUUCUUCUUUGGCCUUGCUUCAACCAAUUCCGCAUGAAAAAAUUAUUGCAAAGCCAUGA